AGUAGAGCUUCGCACAGCCAAAAGAAGCCACAGUGAGUGACAGGAGGACAGACAGAGCUGCUGCGCUCUCCUCAGACUCAGAGCUGCACAAAUGGCAUCGGAAGUGUUCAGUAAACAGAAAACCAUCGAUCUGAGAAAGAAGCACAUUGGACCCUCCUGCAAGGUCUUCUUUCAGCCAUGACCCCAUCAAGAUUGUUCGAGCUAAAGGCCAGUACAUGUACAACGAGAAGGGCGAGCAAUACCUGGACUGCAUCAAUAAUGUCGCUCAUGUGGGACACAGUCAUCCAGAAGUUGUCAGCGCUGGAGCCAAGCAGAUGGAGCUCCUGAAUACCAACUCACGCUUCUUGCAUGACAACCUUGUUCAGUAUGCUCAGCGCCUCCAGGCCACCCUGCCUGAAAAACUCUCAGUCUGCUACUUUGUGAACUCUGGCUCUGAGGCCAACGACCUGGCCUUGAGAUUGGCUUGGCAGUACACUGGUCACAAAGACAUCAUCACGCUGGAUAAUGCCUAUCAUGGCCAUGUGUCAUCACUAAUCGAUAUCAGCCCCUACAAAUUUCACCAGCUGGCACAGUCUGAGCACAGUCAGUACGUGCACGUGGCUCCAAGUCCAGAUAUCUACAGAGGAAAAUACAGGGAAGACCAUCCAGAUCCUGCUACUGCCUAUGCAGAUGACGUUAAAGGCAUCAUUGAGAAAGCUCAUGCAAAAGGAUGUAAGAUUGCUGCUUUUAUUGCCGAGUCACUGCAGAGUUGCGGAGGGCAGGUGAUUCCUCCGGUGGGCUACUUCCAGAAAGUGGCACAGCAUGUAAGAAAGGCAGGUGGUAUCUUUAUUGCUGAUGAGGUGCAGGUCGGUUUUGGAAGAGUUGGCACCCAUUUCUGGGCCUUCCAACUGCAAGGGGAAGACUUCAUACCUGACAUUGUCACAAUGGGCAAACCCAUUGGGAAUGGACAUCCAAUGUCCUGUGUGGUAACCACCAAAGAAGUGGCUGAAAGCUUCAUGUCAUCUGGAAUGGAGUAUUUUAACACGUUUGGUGGGAAUCCUGUAUCAUGUGCUAUUGGCCUAGCUGUGUUGGAUGUGAUUGAGAAGGAAGAUCUCCAAGGAAAUGCCCUACGAGUAGGAGGAUACCUCAUUGAGCUGCUGGAGAAGCUGAAAGAGAGACACCCCUUAAUUGGAGACAUCAGAGGUCGAGGCCUCUUUGUUGGGGUGGAGCUGGUGAAAGAUCGGAUUAAAAGAACUCCUGCGACAGCUGAAGCUCAGGAUGUCAUAUAUAGGCUGAAAGAUCAGCGGAUUUUAGUAAGUGCUGAUGGUCCGCACCGCAACGUCCUGAAGUUCAAACCUCCCAUGUGCUUCUCCACAGAGGAUGCUGACUUGGCAGUAGAAAAAAUUGACCAGAUUAUUACAGAUCUUGAGAAUGCUCUGGGCCUCUGUAUGUCUGCAAACAAAGAUGCUAACAAUGCACACAGCAAGAGAAAGGAGAUCUUGGAGGAAAAUGGACAUGUGUUCCUCUCAAAUGGCACCAGUGACAUUCAUCAUACCACAAAAACUAACAAAAGACGAAGAACAUAACAGAGUCUUACUUUAAACAGUAUACUUUAUGCUUACAGAUCAAGGCCAGUGUUUUGGUAUUCAUUUCCAUGUUUUAAUGGAUUCAUAAUAAGCUUGACAAUCCAAACAAACACUAUUUAACAUGGAGUUACUUUGUGUAUAAUUUUGAUCAAAUUGCAAAACAAUUUUUAAAAAGAUUUUGUUGGUGACUGGACGUAACAGAUGUGUAUUUUAUGUUUCUAUGUAAUAAUUCAUCAUUAAAAUAUAAUGAACACGUCAACUGAAAAUAAAAUUCUAAAAAUUA